AUGUGUGUCGCCGAACUUUGCAAGACUGUCUUGCCAUGCCAGCAUCGCUGGUACCAUCUUGUCCGUCCUUGCACUCCCUCCAGCAACCUGUCCUCCUGCGGGAAGAAGUUGGGCAUCUCAGGGUGGGAAGUCAAGACCGACGACUGCCCUUACUGCCAAGGGCACGUCUCUUCCCUAGAGUACCGCCUCAUUGGUGACGGACCAGCUCCUCCCGUCGGAUCUCUCUCUGGACUUGCGCGUGCGCACUCGACCACUCUUAACGCAGCGCGUCGCGACAUUCGCCUGGACAGUGUCACCAGGACUGACAGCGUCACAAGCAUUGGAAGCAAGAGCAGUCUCGUUGAGGCUGCCCAAGAGAAGAACCGCGCCAUGAACUCCAGACUAGACGCCUACUUCUUCCCCUCUGCCGACUCACCAACAUCGCCUGUACCCAGGGCUCUGCGAGAUGACGACGAGGAUAGCAACGCCGCCACAUCAUCCACACCCAGCGACACCUCAAGCAACGACCACGACAGCGUUAGACACGCCUCUAUGUCGGGAGCGCCUUACAAGGUCAACCUUCUCUCACGCAUGCGAAGAAGGUCCAAGCGCAUCUCUGGCAUGUUCAAGUGA